CGCAUGGUGUGGAUGUGGAUGGCGGCAUGGGGUCAUUCAUCCGCAAGGGCUCUUCUCUCCCCUUAACAGGGGGCUUGUGGUGUUUUAUUUUUUUUACCCCUACUCUUUCCCGGUGGAGCAAGGGUAUGAUCCAUGGAGUGGAGCUCGGAUCGCGGCCAUCGUUGCGGCUAAGCCCGGCAAUGGACGCCCGAUCCAAGCAGUGCGGCGCGACAGCUUUGGAACGAGGCGCACAGCGCGCGAUUUGAUGAGUAUCCUAUCGCCUGGUGGUUUCUCAUUUGCUCGAGAGGAAUGCUACUUCGAUGUAAUGGGUUGAAUCCAGGUUGACGGCAGGCUCUUACAAAUUUUACGUGAUGAGCUGAAGGAAUAACUAGGCACCAAAGGGUGCCUUUGGUGGAGGGAUGGCUGUAAAUCUCAGCUCUAGCAGUCCUGAUGGUGCGCAGUUUAUGACAAGCAUUCCAAAUGGACACAGGAGUAUGGAUAGAUCAAGCAGCUUUCGUGACGGUCACGAGGCCGGACGCACGCAUGGUGGAGGUGGUGGGGGCGGCGGAAACGCUCCGGGACCGGCUUGCGAUCUCGUCUCCCUGUCACAGUUACUAUCACUAGAUUGCAUUCCUUUUGGAGAGCAGAGGAAUGCGAGGCAGACGGAGUUAAGGAGAGUAACUAAUGCCAUCACUGGCUCGGUGGAGGAUCCGACCCUUGCAAGGCCUCUAGACAGCCUUGGAGCGGAGGAGCUCAAGCGUGUAAAAACUGGUGUUUCUGAGCUCUCUGCAAGAGCAAGGGAACGAUCUCGUCACCUUUCUGAAGCGAUUCUCAAGCUUGACAGGUACCGGCAAUCGAGAAAGCGGUCCAAGCCUGACACAGGUUCCGAGCGAGUUCCAGGAGCAUCUCCAGCUGACAGGAUAUCAACGACACUGAAAGUUAACACUGUUGCUGGCCAAGCCGAUGGUAUUAAAACUACAGAGAAGAGCAAAGUGGUUCCUAAUAAAAGGCUUCGGACAUCCAUAGCAGGAGAGGGGCCAAGACCAAACAGCAACCUUUCCAUGAAAAAAUCAGCAGACAGGGAGUCCCCGAGAUCGUCUACGGUGCUCCCGUCUCCAACUCCAACAGAAAGUCGGGUUCCGAACGAUGGCUGGGAGAAGAUCAAAUUGAAAGGACGGCGGUCUGGUAUAAAAUCCGAUGCAAACAUUCCUCCCGCUGGAAACGGCGUUGUUGAUGGAGAACGCGAUCACAAGUGGAGCGGACAACAUCGGCUGGCUCAUGAAGCGAGACCAAGGUCGAAUGAUGCUCACGGUUUGAGGUCUGGACCUGUCCAUGGCGUUACUUCGAUUCACAAAACCGAGUCCUCGAUGCAAAUGAACGGCACUGGCGCUCGUGGUGUAAUUGAGGGAGCUAUCGGGGACAAAGCUGAUCGUUCUUUUGUGACGGACAAGGAACGCUUCCAGAAGAACGGUGUCAAGCCAAUAUUGCAGGAUGACAUGCACAUGACUCCUGGAACAUCCACCGUGACGAAAAAGGCCGCCCGAGCUCCUCGGUCCGGCUCCAUGGCAUCGGCGCAUCUCUCUAAUCUAAACCGCGUGACCGCAUUCAGUGAGAAACCGCAAGGCCCCGGGAAAGCUCAAAUUCCAUCGGGACAAGGGAACCGCAAACGACCCGCUCCGUCGAGGUCCUCGUCUCCUGUUGCCCAGUGGGUUGGACAAAGGCCUCAGAAGAUGGCUCGGGUGGCAAGACGAGUAAACUUGCCGCCGGGGGGAGUUUUGCCAGCUGAGGAUAUCCCUGAAGCGCUUCCUGAACGUGAGCCAUCAGCAGCAGCAGCUGGCCCAAGACUCACGAAUAGCGUCAACGGUGUCGGAGGAGUUCCGAGGAGAGUACCACCUGGGAACGUACAUUCUCCUGCGCAAAGCAAGCCGAGAAGUGAACGGAUGCAGUCGUCCGUGGUUGUCUCGGAGAGUGAGGAAUCGGAAGAAGCCAGUGAGAACAAGAUGAAAGACAAGGGGAAGAAGCAUGGAGAAUGGGAUUCUCGGCCUGUUUCAAACCACAAGUCUAACCUCAUACUACCAGCAAAGGCUUCGCUGGUGAAGGAGGACGUUGGAGAUGGAGUUCGCAGGCAAGGAAGGAGCGGACGGAAUUUCUGUAUGCCGAAGCCAAUGGUGACAACGAUUGAAAAAGUAGAUGUUGCGACGAGUACAGCUAAACAGCUAAGGAGUGCGAGGAUUGAAAAGCAUGACAGGCCUGGUCGUACUCCAACAACAAAAAAAGCAGCUGUUGAUCGCAAGUCCAUGUCAAGGAUUCGACGACCUAUAUCCAGUAGUGCACCUGAACUAGGCUCUCUUUUGAUUUCUCCAGGCGAAUCAGAUGAUGACCAUGAGGAGCUUGUCGCUGCCGUUCGAGCCGCAGUUGACGCUAGUGCUGCCGCAUGCUCGAGUGACUUUUGGAAAGAAAUGGAGCCGUAUUUUACGUUUUUAACAUCUGAUGACAUUUCCUACUUGCAUCAACUGGCUGACUCGAAGUGCAGCAGUGAUGUCUCGUCAUUGCCUAUGAAUGACGGUGCUCAGAAGUCUUCCCAUUUUGCAAAUGGGAAUCUGGAACCUGACGGUAGUGAUCGUCUGGAGGUUCGCACCGGAGGUCGAACUGGUGCUGGUGGUGGCUGGUAUGACAGGAUAUAUCCCCUGUCACAAAGGCUUUUGGCGGCUCUUAUAAAUGAGGGAGAGGAGGAAACCGAGAAGAGCCUGGAAGGUGACGGAUAUCCAGCCUCAAGUACAUUACGGGAUCAAAAGUACGCUACUGACGGAAAUUACUGUUCCAAUGGACAUGGCAACAACCAGUCAAGUUUUGAUGAAGUUGCUGAUGGCGAUGAGAUCAUGGCGGAUGCGAGUGAUGCCAAUCAUUUGCCUGGUGUAAAAACAGAAGGACGAUCUAGUACAUGGGAUUCCCAAUACGAGCAACUCAACUUGGAUGACCGGAUACUUUUCGAGCUUCAAAGUAUCGGUCUCGUGGUAGAGCAAGUGCCUGAUCUUUCUCAACGAGACGAGGAUGAAAUAUGUGUGGAGAUAUCGAAGUUGAAGGAGGAGCUGAAGGAACAGGCGACACAAAACCGGCAACGAGUCGAUUGGCUGGAAAAGUGUAUCAUAGCAAAACGAGAAGAAGAGAUAAGGGAGCGUGAGCGACUUGCCAUUUCAAAACUCGUCGAGAAUGCCUACACCCGAAGAAAGGGCUGUCGUGGAAGCUCAGGUGGUGCUGGAAACAAAGGCGCAGGCAACAAAGGAACGAGGGCAGCCGCCUUGGCUUCUGCCAAGCGCGCAAUGGCCAGAUUGCGGAAAUUCGAGGCUGGUCACAGUUGCUUCGUAGAUCCAAACUUACGGGACACUUUGCUAUGUAAUGUCCAAAAGUCAAGCGAUACGGCCGCCGCUGCCAACAGUGUGGACACUUCAGGCACGCCAGCAGCAAGCGAAACCAGCCUACAAAAGCUCGGAGGGAAGCUUGUUAUGCGAAGAACAGACGCGAAAGACAAGGGUGCUAUGGAUGGAAACGCGGAGCACGUAAAGGGGAAGGACAACUCGUGGUCAUCUUGGAAAGACUCACCGGAGGACUUAACAACAGGAGCCACAAGCGUGCGCAACAGCCAUGGAAGUGUUGGUUUUGGUGGUGCCAAAGGCAAGCGGAGUGAACGGGAGAGGGAUGGCAAAGGACAGGGCAAGGAGAGUCACAGGAAAGCUGAGAACGACAGGGUUCCUCGGCAAGGCCUUGGCACUGUCAAAGGCGAGCGGAAAACAAAGACAAAGCCUCGGCAAAAGACUGCCUUGUUCAAGGACGUGAACGGGCUAGGAAAGCCUGCCGAAGUUCCGAAAGAAAAGCUUGUAUCGUCGUCGGCUACUGCAAUGCACAAGCUGGGAAGCCAUGGCGUGAACACGGUGGCGUCCCAGUCUGGCCUGGAUCUCACACAGCUUGCAAUCCCGGAGGACCUUGGCGUCCACGACGAGGCACAGGAUAUAGGAGCAGGGAUCGAGCAAUGGUUUAGCUCUCUGGAAGACACCACACUCCAAGAUCAAGGAGAGUUUCUCAUGGGCCUGGACGUUCCCAUGGACGACUUAUCCGACUUGGGGAUGAUGAUGUGAGAGGAUGGAUACACUCAGGGAAGAAAGAAACAGUGAGAACAGGCAGGCUGUUACCUCCGCUCCAGCGGUGGUUUUGGUCCUCUCACACUCGUCGAUGGCUACGAGCUAGCGAGGACUCGGCUGUAACAUCAACCCCACACUGUAAUUUUACGAAGGAUGGAGACGGAGGUGAAACGAGGAAAGAAGAGAAACCAAACGAGAGGUAUGCAUUUCCUUCUGCUUCCUUUUUCCUUCAUCGUGAAGAAGGGAAUUUUUUUUUUUUUUUUUUCCUUACUCUGUAACAAGCAAGUCUGACAAAGACAAUCCAGAGGCAGGCAACGAGCACUUCGAUACACCGAUCUCCAAAGCUCGCAACAACAAAAGCAGAAAAAGAAGACAAAGAGAGAAAGAGAAAGAGACAAAGUGAAGAAAGCAUGCAGGGUUGUCUCUACCCGAAUUGGGUAGCUUGAGUAAAACAACAAAAACAGAAAAUCAUUUGUUCUGCUAAUUAAUAAAAUGCUUUUGUACAUGAUUA